GCUGCUUAUCUGCUACUAAUCAAAUACAGGCGGAGGUACAGAAGUUGUUUAGCGGUGGACGAGAUGGGUGAAACCUCUUCGGUUGAGAAUGAAUUUGAUGACUGGUUUAUCGAGUCUUUGAAAAUAUAUAAUAAUAUUCACGAGUAUCAACUUGAACAUCCUACAAGAGUAAUUGAAUGGACAUCAGAAAAAACUAUAUGUGUUGCAGGUUACAGUUCAGAUAAAAAUGAGAUUUUAGAGCUGCUUUUGCCACUGAAACUUUUCACUGAUGAUAAUCAGGGUCUUUGUGCAGAACGAGAUUUCAAAGUGGUCCAUGGAGGUUUCUCAGAUGGCUCCAUUCAUUGCCUCAAACACAUUCCAGGAACAAGGUAUAUCAUAGUAGCCAUUGAUUAUGUAACUUCCUUUUGUUGCCAUGAGCUUUCAUCUUCAAACUGUUGUUUCUUGUUAAGGUGUGUCGUUACCAAUGAUGGCUUCAACUCCAAUCUCCAGGUGUGGGACUUAGGAGGAGAAGAUUGUGAUGUCAUAAAGAGGACAGGAGUUUUACAACUGAAGAGUGCAUCAUCAGAUAAAGGUGUCAAAAUAGCCCCUGGGUUAACUGGAGACCCAUGUGUUCUUCAUGGCUCUCAGAUCAGCGACAUUCAACUGACUGAGCUGACGUCAGGGAAGCCACUCUACUCUCUGGGGAAAGACAUUCCAGAUUUACUAAGCUCCCUGCAAUUUGUGAGUGGCAGUGUAUUUCUCGCUUGUGCCUGCAAUGGUGACCUGUAUGUGGGGGACACACGGAAUCCUUCUGGUCUUCAGAAUAACCCAGCUGGAGGGAGAGAGGGCGUCCACUGGUGUAUGGGUGUUAAAACAGACCUGUCCUCAUCAGAUCCAUCCUCCUGUAGUGUAGCAAGGCUCUCCUCUGCCUGCCAAGUGGUUGUGUCUGAUCUAAGGGACCUAAGAGCCCCCUUGUUUCAAGCCCAGCUUCAUGUCCAGAGGAAAACUACCAGUGAUGACUUCAUGAAGGUGACAUGGGCGCCCGCUUUAGACAACUGUCUUGCUGUGUCAGGUUUUGAUGGAAUGGUGCGAAUCUACGACACUGCCUCUUGGAGACCAGAGUUGAUGGAAUUCCAGCCUCUUUUUAUCCACCGAGGUCACAUGAUGUCCGAUGAUCAGUUUGACACUUCAUCAGCUGUGGUCACCACUCAUGUUUGGCAUCCAAGUCGACCCAGGACUGUCCUCUCUGCUGCUGUAGACGGGUCUGUGCAUGUAUGGGACUGGGUCGACAAAGCCACUGCCAGCUGUUGACAUUCAAACACACUUACAGCUCAAUGUUAAUCAUUAUGCAGCGUUGAACCUUGCCUGAAGUCGACAUGUCCUUUUCAUUAUGUAAGGAAUAUGUAAAGCACUAUUUGUGAUAAGAUGCCACUUGUUUGUUUUCCCAUUCUUAUGAGUAGUUGUUAUUCCCAUACUGUACACACAUUUGCAUGGAAGAGGUAUUCUGGGUUUGUACUAUUAUAUAUUGUAAGAGAUAUUUCACUAUAACAUUUUCAUUAAACGGAUCUCUUCAUGUACCUGCUAAAUAAGACAAACCCUGGACCAUGAACCUAAAGGUGGACGGCAGUAUCACUUGCAUCACAGUUUCUUCGCUCACAGUAUUAUGUCAAUCAAAAAGAUAAACACAGCUUGUUAGAAUUUUAUUUUCAAAAGAGAGCUCUGCAUGCCAUUCACGUGAAUGAUUAACAAUGUUUUUAUGCAUCUUCUGCAUAGCCAAGGAUGCAGGCAGGAUAGUAAUGUGGAGGUAGUUGAGGCAGAACUACUAUUGUAGCAUCAUUUAGAGAUAAGGAACAUAUUCAACUCAUUUUGAACAUUGGAGUUAUCACCUGUGCAUUAAAACAUUUAGAAAUGAA